AUGAAAUUCUCCUUUCUCAUAUUCACUAUGGUAUUAGCUUGUACUAUGCAAGUUCCGCCUAGCUGCUUUCCCGAUCCAGACUCUCCUGAAAGUCAAGCGAAAUUCUUCCUGGAUGGAAUGUUGCAGACGAUUAAAUCGCCAAGUAUAGUGUUUAUUAAGAUUUAUUUUGGCAAAAAUUUCUUAUUUCACGGGUGCAAAAGAGAUUACUCGUUAGAUGAUGUAGUGGACAUUAUUGAGGAAUCAGACAUGAAUAAAUUUUCCUACAAAAUUACAAACUCCAGUUUUGGUCUCUUUGGUCAUUAUUUAUAUUUUGACGCAACACUGACCGGCUUGGGCUCUCCCCCGCUGGACCCGCUUAAUGUUGGAUUUGUUGUGCACACAUUUGUGUUAAAUGCUUAUCAACACACGUUGACCACAGCGCGAGAGAAGAAUUGCUCUGAAAAUUUUGAAACUCGUGAUGCUCUACUGAACUUUGAAGAAUAAUAUGGCUAAAUGGAAAUUGACUUUUUCAGUCGAAAUAAAUUAUUCUGGUUUGAUUCUUCUAAUAAAUCUAAGGCACAAUU